CUGAGGAACACAACCUGGAGAACACAACCUGGAGAACACAAGCUGAAGAACACAACCUGAGGAACACAACCUGAGGAACACAACCUGAGGAACACAACCUGGAGAACACAACCUGAGGAACACAACCUGAAGGACAGAUGAAGUGGGAUCAGCUGGAGCUGGACCCGAGGAUCAGGGCAGCAGUGAGGAGAGCCGAGCUGAGACGUGUGGGGGACGUCCUCUGUGUCUCUGCUCUGGAUCUGCAGAGGUCCACUGGUCUGUCUCACUCGGACGUCCAGCGCUUGCUCGCCACGGCAGCCGGCGCCUGCAGGCGCCACCCCCUCGUCCCAGCCGUCCUCUGUGGAGGACAGCGUGAGCUCAGACUCACUGUGGGCUGUCCCGUGCUGGACGGGCUGCUGAGGGGAGGACUUCCUGUGGGGGGCGUCACUGAGCUGUCUGGAGAGAGCGGAGCAGGAAAGACUCAGCUGGCUCUGCAGCUGUGUCUGUGUGUGCAGUACCCCACGCAGCACGGAGGACUGGACGCAGGAGCAGUUUACAUCUGUACUGAGGACCCGUUUCCUGUCAGACGUCUGCAGCAGCUGAUCAGGGAGCAGUCGUGUCUUCGCUCCGACGUCCCUCCGUCUUUGAUCAGCAGCCUCCAGUUCAGCGACCACGUUUACAUUGAACACACCGCUGACUUGGACUCUCUCCAGGUGUGUCUGUCCCGGCGUGUCCCCCUGCUGCUGGCUCGUGGUCUUGUCCGACUCGUGGUUGUGGACUCGGUGGCGGCUCUGUUCAGGUCUGAGUUCCAGGCUGAUGAUUGGCUGGAGAGGAACAAACGGCUGCUCACCUUCUCCUCGAUCCUGCACCACCUGAGCCAGGAGUUCACCACAACUGUCCUCUGCAUCAACCAGGUCACAGAUGUCUUCAGCAGAUCAGACAGUUCAGGUCCUCUCUCCUCCAACAUGUCCCCGGCUCUGGGUCUGGCCUGGUCCAAUCAGGUGAUGGUGCGGCUGAUGAUGCGCCGUCUCCAGAGGACAGUUGUCCGUGGUGACCAGAGCAGCGCCCUCCGCAGGCUGGAGGUGGUGUUUGCUCCUCAUCUUGCUCGAGAUGGACGAGACGCUGCAGUGUGGAGGGAGGGGGUGGGGGGGGUCUGCAGCUCUGACACAGAAACAUGAGUUUAUUCAAAUAUCAGUGUGUUUGUAUUAAACUGUAACUUCGCAGCCGUUUGAAGUCAGGUGUAAAACUUCAUAUUAAUGUUGUAAAAGACCAAGAAUAUGUGGACACUUGUUCAGUGUUUGUGUUGCUGGUUCGCUUCAGGUUUAAAUCAGCUGAUUUCACCUCAUACAUGUAUAUAUAUAUUCACAUUCAUAUAUGUCUGUGUGUUAAUACUUACAUUACUAAUGUCUGAAACGUUAUUUUGUGGUCCGAAACAAAAUAAUUGAACGUCGGUUCUUUCCAAAUAAAAGCAUGAGAGUAAAAGUGACUCCCUCUAACUCUA